CGUUUACGUAGUAUAGUGGGCUUGUUUCUGGCACGUAAAACUGUAAGAUACUGUCAGGUGGGAUGAAAUAAAGGGCUGUAGCACAGGGAGAACACAGCACUGUGUUUCUUCAGUCACCGUUUUGCAGGAAAUGAACGCGGACCCACCUGGAAGCCGUUUAGCGCCGACGUCGGCAGGCAGGUGUCGUCGCACCGUUGAAGCGGCAUUUCAUUUGGCAUCGCCGCUGGCUGCGAUAUAACGUGAAUGCUAGGCUGUAGAGGAAACCUCAGGAUGAAGGAUGUGGAGCAGUUCUCCUGUCCGUGGAUCUGUGGAGGACUGUCACACCACAGCGGCCGAGUGAGCAGACUAUGUUAACCCAGGCCAGACCUCAAGGCUCCCCCGGACCAGCAGACACCGAACCAGCGUUUUUGUACACAUCCGCCCGAUUGUCCGGGCAUCUUGGUUUGGUGUCUGCCUGUUUGCCCUGCUGUGUUAUUUUGUCUGUACCAGGUUGUGUGGACCACCAGCGACCUAGCAUGACAAAGCACUUCUGUGGCCUGCUAACUCUUCAGCCAAAGGAUGUUUCUCUUAAUUAAGUACAUCCAGACAGAAGUGCUAAGCCUCUUCGUACAUAUAAUGUUUUGAACUGCAGAAUCACAACUGUUGUUGCAUCUCACAUCAAGGCCCACUGAUUGACUGCACGCACUAAAUAGAUAUGAAUGAGAGGUUGCUGCAGGGGACCUCUUCUGAGUUUAUUGUGGAUUUCUGAUGAAUUGUAAAGGGGACAGAGACACCUACAGUCACAUGGCUGGAUCAUCAGUGGAGUUAGUCCUUUCCUUAUUUUGCUUGGAUACCUCCUGAAAGGCUCCCCAUUGUCCCUGGAAUAAAAAUCAAAAACAGCUGGUUUGAGUUGUCUCUGUUGAAGUUUACCAAACGUUUCUGUUUUUGUGCCACUUUGAGAGAACUCUGUGAUCAUGCACUGAAGACAGAAGUGGAGCCUUACUGAGAGUCAGGUUUACACCAAGUCGCCAUGCCUAUCAGGAAAAAAGACACAGCUCGAGCCCUUGCACUUUUGGAGGAAUACUGCACUAACCUGAGGAAACCGGAGGAGCAGCAGCUCAAAACUGCCAUUCAAAGAGUGAUGGGGAUUUUCAAAAGCAACCUGUUUGAAGCUCUUCUUGCAGAGGGAGCACAGCAGCUCAGAGCCCAGUGGGAGAGAGCAAGCAGAGUGCAGUGCAAACACCCCUGAGAACAGGCCGGCAGCAGUACAUGAGCCAACCCACAAUGGCCAGCCCCAGCCCUGCAUGAACCCUGCCCUGAUGAACACGCCCUGGUAUCACUACCAAGAAGAUGACUCACCCCUGCUUGACCAGGGAUUCCCACAGCUCACCAGUGGGCUUCGCGCUCCUGAGCUGGUCCAUGUUUCACAGAAGAACCUGUCAGAGAUUGAAAAUGUGCACGGCUACGUGUCCCAUUCUCACAUCUCUCCUCUCAAGGCCAACCCUGCUCCCAUGAUCAUCAAUACAGACACUCUGGAGUCGCUUCCUUAUGUCAACGGCACAGAAAUUGAAUAUGAGUUUGAAGAAAUCACCUUAGAGCGGGGUAACUCAGGGUUGGGCUUUAGCAUCGCUGGAGGGACAGAUAACCCCCAUAUUGGUGAUGACCCCGGCAUCUUCAUUACCAAGAUCAUCCCUGGAGGAGCUGCAGCAGAGGAUGGACGCUUGAGAGUAAAUGACUGCAUCCUUCGGGUGAAUGAUGCUGAUGUGUCUGAAGUUUCCCACAGUAAGGCAGUAGAGGCCCUAAAGGUUGCAGGUUCUGUUGUCCAUUUGUAUGUGCGGCGCCGCAGGCCUAUGCUAGAGACAAUCAUUGAGCUCAAGCUAAUCAAAGGACCAAAAGGCCUUGGUUUCAGUAUUGCAGGUGGAGUGGGAAACCAGCAUAUCCCUGGUGACAACAGCAUAUAUGUAACUAAAAUUAUUCAUGGUGGGGCGGCACAAAAGGAUGGCCGGCUGCAAGUUGGAGACAGAUUAUUAAUGGUGAACCACUACAGUCUGGAGGACGUUUCUCAUGAAGAGGCUGUGGGCAUUUUGAAGAACACGUCUGAUGUGGUCACUUUAAAGGUGGGGAAACCCACCAGUGUGUAUCUAUCAGAUCCCUAUGGGCCUCCUGAUAACAUGCAGUCUUUUUCUCCUGCCAUGAAAAAUCACGUCUCUUCCCCCGUCAACACCGGCUCUCUGCAUUACAAGUCCGACCUGCCCGUGGCUUCCCCUGAGAGUUAUUCACCCCUCUCUCCGCACUUUCCGAGGGAAGAGGAUGUAAACAGGGAACCCAGGAAGGUCGUGCUCCACAAGAGUACCACGGGCUUGGGCUUCAACAUCGUAGGUGGUGAAGAUGGUGAGGGCAUCUUUGUCUCCUUCAUCCUUGCGGGAGGACCCGCUGACUUGAGUGGAGAACUGAGGCGAGGUGACCAGAUUUUAUCAGUCAAUGGCAUUGACCUACAAGGAGCCACACAUGAACAAGCAGCUGCAGCCCUAAAAGGAGCAGGACAAGUGGUCACCAUCAUUGCUCAGUACAGACCUGAAGAGUACGGACGUUUUGAGGCCAAAAUCCACGACCUGCGGGAACAGAUGAUGAACCACAGCAUGAGCUCUGGGUCAGGAUCCCUGCGAACCAAUCAGAAAAGAUCACUCUAUGUUAGGGCACUUUUUGACUAUGAAAAGUCAAAGGACAGCGGUCUUCCCAGCCAAGGGCUCGGCUUCAGGUUUGGGGACAUCCUGCACGUCAUCAACGCCUCCGAUGAUGAGUGGUGGCAGGCUCGCCGUGUUACUCCACAUGGUGACAGCGAGGAAAUGGGCGUCAUCCCAAGCAAGAGACGGGUGGAAAGGAAAGAGCGGGCACGUCUAAAGACUGUUAAAUUCAAUGCCAAGCCAGGGUCGUUUGAGUCAAAAGGGUCAUUCACUGACAAACGUAAAAAGAAUUUCAUCUUUACACGAAAGUUCCCAUUCUACAAGAACAAAGAUGGUGAGCAGGAUGGCAGUGAUUCAGACCGAAGUCAAGAGGAAGUGGUUCUCUCAUAUGAACCAGUGAUGCGUCAUGAAGUUAACUAUGCCAGACCUGUCAUAAUCCUGGGACCCAUGAAGGAAAGAAUCAAUGAUGACCUCAUAUCAGAGUUCCCAGACAAGUUUGGAUCUUGUGUGCCGCCUGCUAACCGUUCAGGUUAUCAAGAUACCACUCGACCAAAGAGGGACUACGAGGCUGAUGGGCGAGAUUACCACUUUGUGAUGUCGAGGGAACAGAUGGAGAAGGAUAUCCAAGAGCACAAGUUCAUUGAGGCUGGGCAGUAUAAUGAUAAUCUCUAUGGAACGAGCGUCCAUUCGGUCAAAUACGUGGCUGAGAGGGGUAAACACUGCAUUCUGGAUGUUUCUGGAAAUGCUAUCAAACGACUACAAGUAGCACAACUCUAUCCCAUCGCCAUCUUCAUAAAACCGAAGUCUAUUGAUUCAUUAAUGGCCAUGAAUAAGAGACUGACAGAGGAACAAGCCCAGAAGACCUUUGACAGGGCGAUGAAGCUUGAGCAGGAGUUUGGUGAAUUCUUUACAGCACUGGUUCAAGGAGAAACCUUGGAGGACAUUUAUACCCACUGCAAACAGGUCAUAGAAGAACAUUCAGGACCCUAUAUCUGGAUCCCCUCAAAGGAGAAAGUAUAAUAGCUCAUUAUGCUGGAAGGCAGUCUGGACUUUUAGGAUCUAGUAAUAUGAAAACUGUUUGGCAACAAAUAGUGUUUAUAAAUACAUAUUGUGAAUAAGUUGGCUUUUUUUAUUUGUUCAUUUGAUCUUGUGUUUGAUUAUUGUUUGUUUUUCACUUAACCUAAAUGUUCCUGAAUGUAAACCACAAAAAUGUUAUAAAGUUUUAGCUCACAAAGUA